CAAAUAAAGCAUUUUAGAGAAAAAUGUUUUAGACAAAAGUAUAAUGGUUUAAAAAGGCGCAUUUAGUGAAUGUAUGAGUUUUACCUCGCGUGGCGUUGCUAAGAUCAGGCCAAGUCAUCUUGAAUUUUUUAAAUGGACUACUCGAGUAGAAUACGACAGUAUAAUAAACAAUAGGGGGCUCCAUUUAAAAAAUUCAACGCCACGCAAGGUCAAACUCAUACGUUCACUAAAUGCGCCUUUUCAAGCCUUUUGCCUAAAACAUUUUUCUCUAAAAUGCUUUAUUCUCGAGAUAUUUAGCCGUUGCCGGACUUCUUGGACACCCUGUAUGUAUACACAAACACAAAUAUUUGCUUCGAUUAUUAUGAAGAAAACCUAAGGUGGUAUUUGCUGUGUCAAAUAUGUAUAUUUUAAGGAAGGUAAAGACGUUUGACGUUAUUUAGAAUCACGUUAUUGUUACAUCGUCAGUUUUGCAUUUCGCGUCGCUGAGCGAUACAGAAAAAUGGUAAACGCGAAGAUCGUCGACAUCCAAGUGCACGAUGUAAGAUUCCCGACGUCAAUGUGGCGUGCCGGGGCCGAUUCACUGCACCCAAAUCCGAAUCACUCGUGCACGUACGUAAUACUCUGCACCGACAAGGGCCACAAGGGGUACGGCAUCGCGGCCACUCUGGGAAGAGGAAAUGAGUUCGUGGUGCAAACGUGCACGUUGAUGUUCGAGCACGUGAAGAAUCGAACGACCACGGAGAUCUUCUCAAACUUCGCGUCAUUUUGGAGACGGUUAACGACCGAUGCGGAACUUCGAUGGCUGGGGCCGGAAUGCGGCGUGGUGCACCUAGCUACAGCAGCUAUCGUGAACGCAUUGUGGGACCUGUGGGCGCGUAUCGAGGGUAAGCCCGUCUGGCAGCUGCUCACAGACAUGACGCCCGAACAGCUCGUCUCCACGGUGGACUUCAGAUACAUUAGGGACGUGGUGACCGAGGAGGAGGCGAUGGAAAUGCUCAGGAACGAGCAGCCGCGUAAAGAGGAAAAGAAGAAGAAGCUGCAGAGCGACGGGUAUCCGGCGUAUACGGCUGACAUCGUAUCGUCGGCUUUCAGCAGUCGACAAGUCAAAAGUGCCUGCAAGAAAUUCAAGAAACUCGACUUUAACGACUACAAGGCGCCCGUGGGUCGCACGAUCGCAAAGACCGCGCGGACGUGCAAACUGAUACGCAGCGUGUUGGGCGGUAAAAAGACACUGCUAGUGGAUGCGAAUCAAUGCUGGGAUCAGACCGAGGUGAUUGCUGUUAUGAAAUAUGUCAACGAGAAACGUCACACUUGCACAGCUAUAGAAGAGCCGACAUGCUGCGAUGAUACCCUAGGAUAUGUUCAGAUACGAGAUCACUUAGAGAAAUCUCGUUAUCCGGUACAAGUGAGCUGCGGACAAACGUGCGCAAACCGCGUCGUAUUCAAACAAUUCUUAAAAAUUGGCGGGAUCGACUUCUGGAAUAUUAACGUGGGGAGGCUCGGCGGAGUUAACGAAGCCCUGGCUGUGUACUUCAUGGCGAAGAAGCAUCGCAUACCGGUGUGGGGUCACACUGGUGGAGUGGGCUUGGGCGAGAUGAUUCAACAUCUUCAAAUGUGGAACGCUAUUUGCUUGAGUUCAUCGGAUAUUGAUAAGAUUGAAUAUACCAGUCAUCAGCAUGGAUACUUCGAAGAUCCCGUAUUCGUUAGAAACGCUUCUUUUCUGCUGCCUAACCGUCCUGGAUUUUCUACUAAGCUUAAGGACAAGUGUAUCGUGCGGUGGUCUUAUCCCGAAGGUACACGAUGGAAACAUUUAUAUAAAAUAAAGCGCUUCAAGAACGAACUUAGAUAUCAAGACAAAUGAAAAUACUUUUCUUACCCAUAUCUAUAGCUAGAUAUGGAAUUCUUUGAUAAAAAUAUCAUAUGUAUAUACGUAAAACGAGUGCAUCUUUUCUGAUUAAAAUAUUGUAAAAUGUAUUCACUUUGAAAUAUACUUAAUAUUAAAAAAUGUAAUUUUUGUGUAAUAAACAUUUAAUCUUUCGCAGGCUGUGAAAUGUGUUUAUUCUCACACUGUUGCAUGAAAUCUUUAAGUGCUGAACUACUUAAUGUGAAAAAUUAAAAAAAGAGAAAGAAUAUUAGAGACAUAUAUAAAUCGAACGCUUCUUUGAUUGCAUUACUUUUUAAUUUAAAAUAUAUAUAAACUGUACAUAUAUAUAUUUAUUUAUUUAUAAGUAGCA